CUUCCGGUGAACUCCAGAGCAUGUGUGCGCUCCGGGCAGGAGGUUGGCGUUGUGGCGGCCGCGUGAGCCUGGUGCGCCUUGCUGUCGCACGAUGUCCCAAGUACUCACGAGACUCAAGGGCGGCAACCAUGGAACCAUUACCUUCCAUUCCCGCCACUACGGCGCCUCGCUGGCGGCCUUCGUGGGGCUGGCGGCGGGUCACGGCUACUGCUACUGCUACAACCUGGCCUUCACGCACGCCUUGUUUGUGCGCUGCGAGCUGCUGCACCCGCUGGACCGGGCGCUGGAGCUGCCGCCGGAGACACAGGCGCGCGGCUUCACGCUGCACAAGCCAGACCCGCUCAGCAGUUGCGGAGCCGGGAAAGUGUGAGGGCUGGCGUUGGUGUGCUGGGCACGCAGGGACAGGGGCAAUCCUAGGGUCGUGAAAAGCGUGGAGGGCUAAACGCCUCAGGGUGCUCAGCCCAAAAACUAGUCGAGUGGCCGCAUCAGGGUGGUAGCAUGAGCCUCAGGAAGCCCUUGAUUAACCCAGAACAUGAUAUCGAGAGCGUGGUAGCUAAGGCGGACAUAUUGACGUCGCAAACAAUGGGAAUGGGCAAGGAUGCGGGGAUGGGGAUAUUGGGUUUAUGC